CGUGCAUUUAAAAACAAAUGAUGAUACUAGGCGUCGUUGCAGCAAGGCUUCCAAUCACAAAUCGAACACUUGAAGACUGAGCAUGAGGAACAGAUCCAGCGUUUGAUGUCCGAACAUGAACAGGCGCUGAAGAAAGCUGACAUGCGUUUGGAAACCCACAGCGAGACUGUGCGUGCCGAAGUCGAAGCGACGUUGGCCAGUGAUUACGAGUCGCAAAUCCAACAACUGACCUCGAAACAUACAUUGCAUCGGGAAACAUUGGAAAAAGAGCUUGCUCGACUGCAGAGUGAAUAUGAAACAUUUAAAACAGCCAAGCAAGCCGAGUUGGCGAGUCUGGAAACAAGCUAUCGUGAGAAGCUCACCAUUGCGGAAGCACGUCACGAUACCGAUUACGAUAAGAUGCGAGAGGAAAUUGAGGCCAAGGCACAGCAGGACGUCGAAGAUGCCUGGAACAAACUGAACGAAGAACACCGCAAUACCCUGAAAGCCUUAGAAAAUGACCAUAAGAGUGCCAUGCAAGUUUUGGAGGAGGAACAUGCCGUCGCCCUACGUACUCUUGAAGAUACCCAUGCGACUGCACUUGCUUCUUUGCGUGACGAGCACACAAAAGACCAACAAUCCUUGAAAGAUACCCACAGUGAAUCUUUGAAAGCUAAGGAGAAGGAACACGAGGAAAAGCAAAGACGUUUGGAACAAGAGCAUGCUGAUCUCUUGGCGCGUUUGGAGAAAGAAUAUUCUGAUAAGGUUAAUGUUGUACAAGCCGGUCAUGCCAAUGUUCUUGAAUCCAUCCAAAAAGAGCAUCAUGAUGCCUCUGCAUCACUUGAGGAGCAGCUGAAAUUAGCUCAAGAAACGGCAAAUACCCUGAAAACCAAUGUCGAGGUAACAAUAAUGAUAAGAAAGAAAAAGAAUGCUGAAUAUCGCAGGCAGUGGAGUGGAUGAGGGUACUGACGUAUGUAACACGGUAGGCUGCUCACAAGGAGCAUGAAGCACAAUUGUCGGAAUUAGCGGCGAGCCAUGAAAAAGCGCUCGAAGCAUUAAAGGCACAGAUGGAGCAACAGGAGGAGAAGUAUGGAAAGCAGCUCGCCGCAUUGCAGGAACAGUUGGUCAAGGAGAGCGACAAUAGCAAGAGAAAAGAAGAGGAUUUGGACCGGUUAACGACCGAAGUGGAACGGUUACAGAACGCACUGUCUGCUUCCACGGAAAGUCUUGAAACGCUAAGCAAGCAAGAUGAUA